AUGAACGACGAGGAGGCAGCUUUGCUCAUGGCGGCGCUUGCGGCCGUCGAAAGCGACAUCGAGGGCGACGAGGUGCCACGGUUCGCGUCGUCGUGCUCUGUGCUCGACCACACCAAGAUUGAGCCCAUCGCACUGGAAGCCAAGGACGACGCGGACGCAGCCUUCUACUACAAUCUCGACCUCAUCUUCCCGCCGCCACCGCCAUGGGACCUGCGCCUCGCAACCGCCUUCCUUGAACGCUACUGGAAGAACGGGCGCAAGAACCUCCAGUGCUUCCCCUUUUGCCCCGAGUACCACGACUUUUACGAGAUGAAAAUGCACAACAAGAAGCACGCGUCCGUUGGCGUCUGCCGCACACCAGUACACUGCACACUCACUGCGCCGUCCACCGCAGUGCCACUGCACGUCCUCGGCCGCUUCGAGCAGAUCUCACCUGGACGACAAGGGGCGCUACCACCCACGUUCCCACCGCCCAACGGCGCGGGCUUCGAGCUCUUCCAGUCCGAGUGCUUUGAGGCCACAGAGGUCGAGACGAAGCGCGUGACGCUGCCUACGGGGUUCCUCACGACGACGUGGAUGUUCUUGCCCGACGUCUGGAAGGUGCAACCACUCUUGCGCAAGAAGCGCAAGGCCACGCGUGCAGGCCCAGCGCAGACUUUUCCGUUCUACUUUCGCGUGUACGUGUACAUCAAGGAGCCUUGCGGCGCGAUGCGGUGCCAGGCCACCGUGCUCUCGACGGCCUUUGAACUCUUCUCGACCCGCACGAUGGACCGGCUCAAGAAGGCGUGGGUCGUGCGCGUCUAG